AUGGAGCCGACUGCACACCUCAGUUACAGUAAUCCAAAACAACCUGACGUGGCGGCGGCAAACAUCGGCAGGGGGCACAGGCGCCUUGUUGCCGAUCUGAAGCUUACGAGUUCGCUCGCGAGCAACAGCAAGGGCAAGGAUGGAGAGGGUGAAAUUCGGCUCGGUUGGAAGGGGGCCUAUGUGCGCUUUGGCAACACGGAGACCGGGCUGCUCAAGUUGGUCAAAGGGCGCGGCAAGUGGUCUCCGUCGGAAGCGACGGCAGCGGCGGUGGCGGGGGAGGAGGAGGAGGCCGAGGAGGAGGGGGAGGAGGGGGAGGAGGAGGAUGCCCCCAAGGGAAAGCUCAAGGAGCAGCCUGGCGAUUACCCCUUUGCGCGGCAGCAGGAUUGCGAUCUACGUUUGUUUGAUUUUGAGGCUUUCGGAGGCUUUGGAAAGGAGGUUCGCAGCACCCUGAGGGAGGCGGCGAACCAGCUGAGCAACAAACUUUCGCACGCUCAGCACCUGGACGAGGUCACAUGGACCACCAAGAACUGGCACGGGCUGCAGAUGCAGCGCUUGUCUGUCGUCCUCCACACCGCCGUGGCGUGGCAGACGGUGAACGAGCUAGCGUGCGGGGAGAGCGGCAUUGUGCAUGCGGCACCCACAUCGCACCACAAAAUGUUCUUCGGCCCUUUGAUUCUCUCACUGAGCUGCAGCGGCACUGCAGUGCUGGCGGGCUCGCCCCGAGUCCGCGCCGCGCCUGUGGUCUGCUCAGCCGGCUGGUCUUCGACGACACCGCUCGCGAGCUCCCUCGACGUGGCGCUCAGUGCCGCCGUCGAGCGAGAGGAUUACAAGCUGGCGGCGGCGGUCAAAGCGGAGAGGGAUCGCCUCUACAGCGAGCUGCGAGGAUCACCGGACCUGAUCCCUGCCCUCCUCCUGCCGGACGCGCUGGCUGACGCCAUUGGCCGCGAGGACUACUUCCAUGCGGCUGCAAUAAAGACAGCGAUGGUGGAGGUGGAGGAGAUGGGGAGAGCGCGCCGGGCGAAGCAGGAGGCGCUCAACAACCAGUUCAGGCGGUGGGGAGGUAGGUAG